AUGAGAUUCCUGCUUCAGUGUCUUGAGGAUCUUGAUGCCAAUCUACGGAAACUGAAUUCACGUUUGUUUGUUAUUCGUGGACAGCCAGCAGAUGUUUUCCCCAGACUUUUUAAGGAAUGGAAUAUUGCAAAACUUUCUAUUGAAUAUGAUUCUGAACCAUUUGGGAAGGAAAGAGAUGCAGCAAUUAAGAAGCUGGCUAGUGAAGCUGGAGUGGAGGUCAUUGUUCGAAUUUCCCAUACAUUAUAUGACCUCGACAAAAUAAUAGAAUUAAAUGGAGGACAGCCUCCUCUUACUUACAAGCGAUUCCAGACCUUAAUUAGUAGAAUGGAACCACUGGAGAUGCUAGUGGAGACUAUAACCCCAGAAGUAAUGGAAAAAUGUACUACUCCAGUUUCUGAUGACCAUGACGAGAAAUAUGGUGUCCCAUCACUUGAAGAGCUAGGUUUUGACACAGAUGGUCUGCCUUCUGCGGUAUGGCCAGGGGGAGAAACAGAAGCUCUCACGCGAUUGGAAAGACAUUUAGAACGAAAGGCUUGGGUAGCAAACUUUGAAAGACCACGAAUGAAUGCAAAUUCCCUUCUGGCAAGCCCUACAGGGCUUAGUCCCUACCUCCGCUUUGGCUGUUUGUCCUGUCGUCUCUUUUAUUUCAAGUUAACGGAUCUGUACAAAAAGGUAAAAAAGAACAGCUCCCCUCCCCUCUCCCUCUAUGGCCAGCUGUUAUGGCGUGAAUUUUUCUACACAGCAGCGACUAACAAUCCACGGUUUGAUAAAAUGGAGGGGAAUCCUAUCUGUGUACAAAUUCCAUGGGAUAAGAAUCCUGAGGCUUUGGCCAAAUGGGCAGAAGGCAGGACAGGUUUCCCUUGGAUUGAUGCGAUUAUGACGCAGCUUCGUCAAGAAGGUUGGAUUCAUCAUUUAGCCCGGCAUGCUGUAGCAUGCUUUUUGACUCGAGGUGACCUCUGGAUUAGCUGGGAAGAAGGAAUGAAGGUCUUUGAAGAGCUCUUACUUGACGCAGAUUGGAGUGUGAAUGCUGGAAGCUGGAUGUGGCUAUCCUGUAGUUCCUUCUUCCAGCAGUUUUUUCACUGCUACUGUCCAGUGGGUUUUGGCAGAAGAACUGACCCAAAUGGGGAUUAUAUCAGACGUUAUUUGCCAGUACUUAGAGGUUUCCCUGCAAAAUACAUCUAUGAUCCGUGGAAUGCCCCAGAGAGCGUCCAGAAGGCUGCAAAAUGUAUAAUAGGAGUUAAUUAUCCCAAACCAAUGGUAAAUCAUGCAGAGGCAAGCCGUCUGAAUAUUGAGAGGAUGAAACAAAUCUACCAGCAGCUUUCACGAUACAGAGGACUGGGUCUUCUUGCAACAGUGCCUUCUAAUCCAAAUGGAAAUGGAAAUGGUGGCCUAAUGGGCUAUUCACCAGGAGAAAGCAUUUCUGGUUGUGGUAGUACAGGAGGAGCUCAGCUGGGAACUGGUGAUGGUCAUACGGUUGUUCAGCCAUGUGCCCUGGGAGACUCUCAUACAGGAGCAAGUGGAAUUCAGCAGCAAGGUUACUGUCAAGCAAGUAGUAUCUUACACUAUGCUCAUGGAGACAAUCAGCAAUCACACUUAUUGCAAGCAGCGCUAUUGGAAGAGAAGAUACCACUCAACACACAGGACAAAAUUCGUGCUACUCUGUAUUGGAACUAAAGUGUUGUGAGAGUACAUGUACUAAAAUGAUGUACUUUUUCAUAAAUUAUUUUCAAAUUUUUCUCAGUUGUUGUAAACAAGUCCAAUUUUUGGAAUGCAUUAUUUCUAACUGGCAUUUCUAUGGUUUUUAACUUUUUAAUGACUCUUUCACAAAGGGCAAAUUGAGUUUUGUAUAUAAAAUAUUUGGUGAAGAAUUUGCUAACUUAAUGUAAAUACAAACAUUCAUGGUUAGUGAUAGACCCAUUGAUAUAUUUUUGAUAAUCUUUCAUGUAUAUGGUAGUAGGAAAAGCUGUAGUGAUGUUCUGUAAAAUGGAUGGACAUAGAAGGUUUUGAGUUUUAAAAUUGUUAUUAUUUUCAGAUUCUAGAACUUGACCUCUGUAUGAUCAACUUCAUAUUUUCAUAUUAUAAGUGCUUAGGACUGUGUCUAAUCAAAUACAGUAGAGUUGUAACCUUUAUUAAUCACAUCUGUAUAUAAGUCAUAUGCCAAUUUUUUGUGAAGCUGUAAAAUUUUCAUGUGUAUGUCCAGUCCUUGUAUUUCCCAGUUGCCUUGUUCAGUAAUGACAU